UGCCCUCUCGUGCUGUCACUUCCUGGUCCUGAGCCUCUGUAGUGGUGUCCGUGUUUCCCCGGUGUCUCCCCGGUGUGUGCAGUCAGUCGGCUCCGGUGUUAGACAUGGCGCAGUACAAGGGAGCGGCCAGCGAGGCCGGGAGAGCCAUGCAGCUGAUGAAGAAACGCGAGAAGCAGCGGGAGCAGCUGGAACAGAUGAAGCUGAAGAUAGCGGAGGAAAAUGUGGUCAAGGCUAAUAUCAACAAGAAGUUCUCAGCCCACUAUGAUGCUGUAGAAGCGGAGCUGAAAUCCAGCACUGUGGGGCUGGUGACUCUCAAUGACAUGAAGGCCAAGCAGGAGGCGCUGGUAAAGGAGCGGGAGAAGCAACUGGCAAAGAAGGAACAGUUCAAAGACCUGCAGCUAAAGUUGGAAAAGCAGAGGGAGAGAGACAGAAAGAAUGAGCAGAAAAGGAAAAUUGCCAGCUUGUCAUUUAAUCUGGAAGAAGAUGAGGAGGAAGAGGAUGAUGAAGAUGAGGAGGAGGAGGAGGAGGAAGAAGAGGAGGAAGAAAUGGAGAAGGAAGAGCUGCCGAAGAAAAAGAAGAAGCUGGGGAAGAAUCCCGACGUGGACACCAGUUUCCUGCCGGACAGAGACCGUGAGGAGGAGGAGAACCGCCUGCGCGAGGAGCUGAGACAGGAGUGGGAGCGCAAGCAAGAAAAGAUCAAAAGUGAAGAGAUAGAGAUUACAUUCAGUUACUGGGAUGGCUCCGGGCACCGCAGAACAGUCAAGGUAAGAGCCUUUCUCUCUGUCUGA